UCACGAAUUGGGUGAUCACUACUUAUUGGUUUUACUUGAAAUGAAUUAUUUUCAUCAACUCCCAUGUAUUUAUACAUUCCUAAAAAUAAAAUUAAUUAGCCACUUUGUUUAUUCAACAAAUAAAAAGAUCUUACCAGCAACAAGAAGAAAUAUCCAAACACUCAGUAUAACAUAGCAAUAAAAUGCCCGAUGCUGAUAAGACAAACGGACCAUUUCAGUGAGCAUAUUUCAUUAAAUAUAUUAUGAAUAAUGCUAUUUAAAUUAUUUAAUAAUUUAAAAUAGGCAUGUUAUAACCCACACAAUUUUGUGGAAAACGCCUGCGCAAUAUUCGACUUAAAAAGAGUAUAUAAGCCAGGAAAACGACACCCAUAUCGUUAUUCACCAACUGAAAAUUCAACUAUCAUCAAGGAAAAUUGAAGCAAAAAAAUAAGAAAAAAUAAUAAUUAUAUAUUUAUUAUUUUAUUAUAAUAUUCAAAUUAUUAUUUAACUCGGAGGAUUUUACGAAAAAGAGAGGACAUGGCAAAGGCUCCUCAAAAAUUAGCCGGUUUAUUUAUUAUUUUUUUUACAAUUGCUGUUGAUCAACUUCGAUUACCAAUGGUAAAUUGUCAAGAAGACAUUGAUACAACUCAAUGUUUACCAAAAAAAACAUUUAUUGCAUUUUUACGUUUACCAGAAGUAAGCUCAAAUCUUGCAGCAUAUUCAAGAACAGCAAGAAUAAUACAAUCAGCAAGAAAUGAUUUUAUUAAUUUAAAAAUACUUGGUAAAAAUAAUGAUGAUGAUAAUGGUAAAAUAUGUAUACCACCAAGUAUUUAUUAUGAAAUAUUUAGUGAUCCAAAAAUACGUGCACAUUUUGAUGCUAUUGAAAGAGCACAAAAAAUGUUAGAAAUACGAGAUGUUGAUAGUUUUAUUGAUACUGAAAAAAAAAGUAUUGCAACACUUGCUAAAAAUGAUGAUUUACCAAUAACAACUGUACAAGAACGUGAACAAAAAAAUCAAGAUGACGAAGAAAAACGUAGUCAAGCUGGAAUGACACCAGAAGAACUUGUUAAAGUUUAUGAUGGUGAUACACAAGAGGAUAAAACAUCUGCUGAUGUUAUUGAUCAUUAUACAUUACCAAAUGGUGAUUUAGAUGUUGAAGCAAUGUCACGUGAUUAUCAUAAUGGUAAAAGAAAUAUUGCAACAUUAGCACGUGAUUAUGCAUUACCAGAAAGACGUAAUAUUGGAUCAGUUGCACGUCAAUAUGGUUUAUCAUAUGGUAAAAGAAAUAUUGCAACACUUGCUAGAGAUAAAAUGAUACCAAAUAGUGGUGGUAAACGUACAGUACCAUUGACAUAUGGUCGUUAUAUGUGGCUAAAAGGUAAAAGAAAUGUUGGCUCAUUGGCAAGAGAUUUUGCAUUACCAAGUGGUAAACGUAAUAUUAGUUAUUUAGCUAAAAAUGGAUGGUUAAAUAUUGGUUAUCAAAAACGUAAUGUUGGUACACUUGCACGUGAUUGGAAUCUUCCACAAACACGUACUGGACGUUCAUCAAUUGAUGAUGAUUUUAAUUAUGAUGAUAAAAUUAAUAAACAAUAUGAUAAUGAUUUACAAAAUAUUAUUAAUCAAUCACAAGCUAGACGACAAUCUGAUUAUUCUGAUGAAUAUCCAACACCUGUUAUGCAAAAUAAAAAUUUACUUGAUUAUGAAGAUUUUAUUGAGGCACUUGCUGAUGUCAGAUAUCCAGUUGCUGAAAAAAGAUUUAUGGGGAGGAUUCCACAGAUGGGACCUCGUCCAACAACACCCCCAACUCGUCGUCUCGGUUAGGCAUUAAUCAGAGUGACUUGAAGACCCGCUACGUGCAAACACUUAAAGGUGAUUGUCGACAUGGCUUCAAACGGUAUCUUCUCAUCCCAACAAAUCAUCAUUACCUCGAUGGAAAAAUCCGUUUUGCAUCAAUGAAUAUAUAAUUUACAUUAAUUUACAUUUAUUUUUUAUUUUUUAUUAUUCAUUUAAAUUAGAUUUUUUAUUUACUGAAAAUAUUACAAUCAAAUUUGUAAAUACUCAAAUUAAAAUAACAAAAAAAAAUAUUAAUUAUCGACCUUUUAAGACAUAUAUAUUUUCAACAACAAAAAUUAACAUUAAAAAAUCAAAAAAAAAAUAUUAAAAAACAAAAACUUAUUGUAAUUAAAAAAAAACAAAAAAAAAUUUAAAUUAUUAAUUUUUGGUUUGCCAAGACAAUCGUGAAAAUAUAAAAAUAAAAUAAUAAUAAUUAUUGAAAAUAUAAAAAAUAAUAAGUCAAAAAUUUAGGUCGAUUUUUAAGAAAAAAAAAAAAAUAUUAAUUUUUUCAUUUAAAUUCAUUGAUUUUAAAAAUUAAUUAAAAUAUCAAAAUCAUGUCGUUUCACUUAGCGGGUAUUAUCGAGCAUAAAUCGCAAAUAGAUUGAAAAAAUAAAUAAAAAGAAUGAUUGUGUUUCAUUUAAUUUUUUAAAAACUGAAUAUUUAAGAAAUUAAAUCAAAUUAAAUAUUUAAUUACAUUGGUGUAUAAUUCAGUCAAUAUAAAAUGAAAAUUUGAAAGCAAAAUUAUAAAAAAAAAAAAAAAAAGAAUUUUUUGAUUACAAAAUUUGUUGAUUUUAAAAUAUAAAAAAAAAAAAAAAAUUAAUAAAAACAAAACUCAAUUAUUAUCAAGCAAAAAAAAGAAAAAUUAUAAGAAAAAUGAAUUUUGUUAUUUAAAAUAUUUAACUCGUCUUUGUGUCUGUUCUUGUUUCUAUAAAAAUUCGGUAGUUAGAUUUAGAAAAAUAUAAAAAAAAAAAAACCAAUAAUAAAUAUGUAAAAUAAAAUAGUAAUUUCUUCUAAAACUAAAUUUGCUCUUUAAAUAAAUAAAUGAAUAUAUAAUUACAAUUUAUAAAAUAUAUUCAUGUAUACAAUGACACAAUGACAAUAAAAAUAAAAAAAAUAAAAGUGUCAAUAUUAACAUAUAAAAAAGAUAAUCAAUGUGCUUAACAUUAUAUAUCAAAAAAAGUAAAUGAAAAAUUUUAAAAAUCAUCUUUAGACAAUAAUAACUUUAAAAAAAAAAUCAAUGACAAUAAAGUGCAAAUAAUAAAUGCAUUCAAACAAUCUCUACUUUAUUUUGUGAAAAAUACAUGUACAUUAUUUAACAUAUAUUAUAUAUAUUAAAAGCUAUUUCAUCAAAAAAGAAAAAAAAAAAAAAA